AUGAGCAUGGAAUAUAUAAAUGGGACAUUAGAUGGAGGAAUGAUGUUAUGGACUAGGCAAUCUGAAGAGUAUGACAGCAGAACAGAUUUUGCCUUGGGGCUGGUGACUGAGAGUCGAGGGAUCCUGGAAAGCAUACAGAGGUUUUCCUUACUGCCAACUUACUUGCCUGUGACCUAUCGUAUCCACAACGCAGAUGUUUCCUUCUUUCUGAAGGAAGCCAACCAGGAUAUUAUGAGGAACUCUAGCUUGCAGUCCCGAGUGGAAUCCUUUCUCAUCUACAAAUCCAAGAGGCCACCGGUGUUAAAUGCCAGUUAUGGACCUUUUUCCAUCGAACAAGUUGUGCCCCAGGACUUAAUGCUGUCUUCGAAUCCAUUUGGAUCUACUAACAAGUUCUCAUUUAAUUGGAAACUUAAGGCCUUCAUAAUGAGUAACAAAAUUUACCCUAGCAAGCCCAAAGUCCAGGUCCUGUUCUACAUCGUGGGCAGGGACUGGGAUGACUACAGCACCACGGAGCGGCUGCCCUGCCUGCGGGUGUUUGCCUUUCGAGAGACGCGGGAGGUCAGAGGCAGCUGCAGGCUGCAAGGGGACCUGGGGUUGUGUGUGGCAGAGUUGGAACUCCUGGCAAGCUGGUUUAACCCCCCCACAGUUGUUGCCGGCCGUAAGAAACAAAUGGAUCAUUCUCAAGGGAGCCCUGUGGAGCUUUACUAUGCCAUACAACCAGGAGAUGAGAAAGGAGAAUGCACCAAGGAGGAUGUUAGGAAAAGUAAUGGGAUCCGACCGGGGCGCAAUGACAUUGAUGAGUCAGGACCUCCCUUGCAGAGGAUUGGAAGUGUUUUCCUUUACCAGACACAUGCUGGCCCUCCCCUAAAUGAAAUUAGAUUGGAUAAUAAUAUUGCCAUCCAGUAUGCACCAAAGACUGUCAAGCAAGGUGACAUUUUGACUUUCCUUGUAUUUAUUGCUAAAAAUUCAACAGAAGAUCAAUUCACACUGAGGGCGAAGGUGAAGAAAGGUGUGAACAUCUUCAGUGUAAGAGCCAGCAGCCCGUACUUGUGGGAUAUCAGAGAGAGUGUGGAUUAUACGGGGAAAUAUGCACCAGCUGUUAUUGUUUGCCAGAGGAAAUCUGCUGCCUCUGAAAACAGCGCGGAUGGUCCAUCCUCUGAAAUCAUGCAGAUUGAUUUUGAAAUUGAAGAUCUAACUGACCUACCUGGGACCCAGCUCAUCACAUGGCAAGUAGAAUAUCCUGGAGAUACAACAUCUGAUCUAGGAGUCUCCAAGAUCUACGUAAGCCAAAAGGACCUGGUAGGAGUUCUCCCUUUGGCUAUGGAAGCAGAGAUCCUGAAUACAGCUAUUCUCACUGGGAAAACAGUGGCUGUCCCUGUCAAAGUGAUCUCUGUGGAAGAUGAUGGGACUGUGACUGAUCUUCUGGAAUCUGUGGAGUGCAGAUCAUCAGAUGAAGAUGUCAUUAAGGUUUCUGACAGAUGUGACUACGUCUUUGUCAAUGGAAAGGAAAUGAAAGGCAAAGUGAAUGUCAUAGUUAAUUUUACUUACCAGCAUCUGAGUGCCCCUUUAGAAAUGACAGUCUGGGUUCCUCGUCUCCCGCUGCAGAUAGAGGUCUCUGACACAGAACUAAAUCAGAUCAAGGGAUGGAGAGUCCCCAUCAUCUCUAAUAAGAGACCAGCCAGGGACAGUGAUGAUGAAGAAGAGGAUGAACGGAAGGGAAGAGGAUGCACCCUUCAGUACCAACAUGCGAUGGUACGAGUGCUCACGCAGUUUGUAGCCGAAGCCUCGGACCCUGGAGGCCAGCUGAGCUACUUACUGGGUUCUGACUGGCAGAUUGACAUCACCGACCUGGUGAGUGACUUCAUGCAGGUGGAGGAGCCAAGAAUUGCUAAGCUACAGGAUGGACAGGUUUUGAUUGGACAGGAGCUUGGAAUGACGACAAUUCAGAUAUUGUCCCCCCUUUCAGAUGCUAUCUUAGCUGAGAAGACAGUGACAGUCCUGGAUGAGAAGGUGACAAUAACUGAUCUGGGAGUGCAGCUGGUAACUGGAUUAUCACUUUCUCUGCAGCUGAGUCCUGGAAGCAAUAAGGCUAUCUUUGCUACAGCAGUAGCACAAGAGUUGCUCCAAUCUCCGAAGCAGGAAGCAGCCAUCAGCUGCUGGAUCCAGUUCAGUGAUGGAUCUGUCAUGCCCCUGGAUAUUUAUGACUCCAAAGACUUCUCCUUGUCAGCUACAUCUCUGGAUGAGAAGGUGGUCUCCAUUCACCAUGACCCCAAAUUCAAGUGGCCCGUGAUUGCAGCUGAGACAGAAGGCCAGGGGACACUGGUGAAGGUGGAGAUGGUGAUCAGUGAAUCAUGCCAGAAAUCCAAAAGGAAGAGUGUCCUGGCUGUUGGAAGUGGCAGCAUUAAAGUGAAGUUUGGGCAGAGUGAUGCCAACCCUAACAUCAGCGAUAGUAAACACAGGGGAAGUGGUGUCCACCUAGAAAAUCAUGCCAGUGACCGGCGUCAGAAAACCACUUUGCAGGAGAGAGCUGGGCCAGAUGGCCAGUAUUACAGCUCCUCGAUGGGCCAAGAGCAAAGCAAAGGGACCACCACCCAAAAGUCUAUUUUAAGUAAAAAAGAAGACAGAGAAAGCCUCCUGGACGAUGACAGUCAUCUGCAGAACAUCCCGAUAGAUUUCACGAGCUUCCCUGCACAGGUGGAUCUGCCGAGAAGCAACGGAGACUUGGAAGAGAAUGACCUUGUGCAGACCCCCAGGGGACUCAGCGAUCUGGAGAUAGGAAUGUACGCUCUGCUAGGAGUCUUUUGCCUGGCAAUUCUGGUCUUCCUUAUCAAUUGUGUCACUUUUGCUUUGAAGUACAGAAACAAACAAGUUCCCUUUGAAGAACAAGAGGGCAUGAGCCACUCUCAUGACUGGGUUGGGCUGAGCAACAGGACAGAACUUCUGGAGAAUCACAUAAAUUUCUCAUCUCAACAAGAUGAACGUAUUACAGCCAUUGACAGAGGAGUGGACUAUGAAGAGAGCAAAUAUCUCCUCAACACAAAUGCUCCCAAAAAUAUUAAUGGACAAACUUUUAGGUCUACUGAGUCCACAUUCACUGAAGAGAAAGAACAGAAAAGUGAACCAACUACUUCUCCUACCUCUAAGAGGAAACGGGUUAAAUUCACCACCUUUACCACCAUCUCCUCUGAUGAUGGAUGCCCAACUGUCAACUCCAUCUUGAUGAGCAGUGAAGAUGACAUUAAAUGGGUUUGCCAGGAUAUGGACCUGGGGGAGUGCAAAGAACUUAAAAACUAUAUGGAAAGAUUACAUGAAAAUUUGUAAUGAGACACAAAAGACUUCUUUUGUUUGG